AGGCUGCAAUUCUUUGUCGUCGUUCAUUGUGAUAAUAUUCUGCUUGACUCUACACUCCUACUGUUUCUAUUAAUUUAAUCGCUACGUUUCUUAAUUGCCCAAGACGAUUCCACUCGUUUCGUAGAGGUUUUUUAAUUUACUAGUUACUUAAAAACUUAGGAUGUCUUACGCAUAUUUAUUUAAAUAUAUUAUAAUUGGUGACACAGGGGUAGGGAAAUCUUGUCUGCUCCUUCAGUUCACGGACAAAAGGUUCCAACCUAUUCAUGAUCUCACCAUUGGUGUUGAAUUUGGUGCUCGUAUGAUAACCAUUGAUGGUAAGCAAAUCAAGCUUCAGAUAUGGGAUACCGCCGGCCAAGAAGCGUUCAGGUCCAUCACACGAUCUUAUUAUAGAGGUGCCGCAGGAGCUCUACUUGUCUAUGACAUCACCCGUAGGGAAACCUUUGAGCACUUGACAACUUGGCUGGAGGAUGCCCGUCAGCACUCAAAUUCCAACAUGGUUAUCAUGCUCAUCGGGAAUAAAAGUGAUUUGGAAUCCAGGAGAGAUGUCAAGAAAGAGGAGGGGGAAACGUUCGCCCGGGAACAUAACUUAAUUUUCAUGGAAACAUCUGCUAAAACAGCAGCCAAUGUAGAAGAAGCUUUCAUCAACACAGCCAAAGAAAUUUAUGAGAAGAUCCAAGAAGGAGUCUUUGAUAUUAACAAUGAGGCCAAUGGUAUCAAAAUAGGACCACAACACUCACCCACAAAUCCCAACCUUCCACCUGGUAGUCAAGGAGCCAACCAAAGCGGUGGUUGCUGUUAAAGAAGAUUCUUCCGUCAUCACUUACCUAAAAUACUACUAUUUUUCCGUACAUGUUUCAUUAAGUGUAUGCUAAAGAAAUUGCGGGAGCCCGUGUGAUGUUCAUGUAUCUUUCUUACAUGUACAGACUUAUCUACUGUUAGGAAAUGUGUGCUUGAGUGUAUGAGUGUGUUGAUGUGUUUGUGUGCACAUUUAUUGUAUUCUCCAUAUAUUUGUAAGUGUAUAUUCGCUCAUCUAUGCGCACGCAUAUUUUAAUUAAAGUUUUCUUCAUUGUACCUCAGCAACUUAUUCAGUAUUGAAAUCACACUAAUGUCAAAUCUACAGUGGUCUUGAUUAGACCAGCAACCAGAGGGGCUCAAGCCAUAAGAGCCUUGAUGAUCUGUCUUUUUUCAAAGCAGAAUUGUAAAAAAAAGGAAAAUCGACUCCAAGUUUUAAAGUCUCUCCUAUGAUAAAUACUUUCUGCCGCAUGAAAUUGACCCUUAUUAUUAGUGCUUGGCUCAGAAUCUUUACCAUUAACAUCAAGCAUUCCAGCAAAGAUAAGUUUGAACCAUGGUUCCAUUUUUCUUUGCCAGUCCUCAUGAUGUUUUUUACCUUCACGUAAAGUUGAAAGUUCUAAUUUGAAAAGUUGGAGUUCCCUCUCCUUGUGAAGGAGAGUUUUUGUGGGUGGAACAUAAUCCUAAUCUUAAUAUUUCAUGGAAUUGUCUUUAUGGGAAUGAAGUUAUUCUUUGUAGUUCAAAUCAAUUAUGCUUUACUUAAUGCCAAAUUACCAAAGAAAAGUUUUGUGAAUCAACUUGACAUCUUAAAACAUUUUUCACCACUUCAUUGCGCGGUUGAAAAGUCAUGAGUGUUUCAAACCUUUUUUAUUUUUGCACAUCUGCCCGAAUGAAUGCAUCAAUUCACACGCAUGAUCUGGAAAUGAACUGAUAGUCUUUCUUGGUUCAAAGACGUCUCUUUGACCUGCAUUAGAGUAGUGCAAUUUUCUUACCUGUUCUACUUUAAGAACACUCUUAACCAUGGUGCUGAUAUCAAUGAUUGUGAAAAAAUUAUCUCCAAAUGAUCAGUCUAAACAUUUCCUUGUAUGUAUGUAUGACUGUUUUAUUCUCAAUCCGAACUACUCAGUGUCCAGUAAACUAGUCGAAAUUCAUCAUAUUGUGUCGUCAGAUCACACUUUAAAAUCACUGAAGAAAGUCAGCUGUUCCUGCACAGUGUAUACCAUUCUUAUUUAAUUUUUGAAUCUUGAAAACAUUAAUUUUACUCGUUUGUAUUGGUUAGUGCAUGAAUCAAUCCAGGAUUCUUAAAUCUAAAAAAAAUGUGUACACCACCCAUUUUCAAUUGAGUUUAUGAGUCUUUGAGCCUCGUGGAAAUACACAGCUUAAAUGCAAGUCCCAUUCAAAUCUGGAGUAUGAAUUAACCAACCAGAUGCUCAGAGGUUGACUUAUUACUAAAUGCAAUAAUCCAAUCUUAAUAUCUUUAUUAAUUUUUUUAAAUUGUUUAAGUUAGACUUGAAUGGCUCGGUGAAAGGCUAUAUUUUUUUCUAAAUUCAAAUGAAUUUCUCAGAAGUGAAAUGAAAUAUUGAUCAUUCAUCACACAAUUCUCUUGAAUCGUAUCUUAAUCAUUUCUUGAUGGUUAUUUCAUAGGUCUCAUCACCUUUGGUUGGUGAAUUCCUCAUUUCUUCUCAUUAACGCUAUAACCUAUGAAUCUUAGACUCUUGAAGAAAGUGAUUCUAAAGACAAAAUUGUACUUACCUUUCUUUUUAAGCUAACCAGAAAGCAGAUACUGGCAUAAUUUGAUGAAUUUGUUACAAGUGUUGGUACAUAAUGAAGCUGUUUCUAAGAGUUGAACACACCCCUAACUAAGCCAAUAGACAGUUGCUCUCUUGGAAACCUUGCUCUAGCAGCAUUUUUCCUAUUGGGCGUAGGUGGAGGAAUUAUUGUUAGUAAAUUUCAGUGACUUUGCUGUAGUAGUCACCCGCAUAUUUCUGGUCAUUCUGUGAAACACAUUUUUACCAUUUUUGGAAGACUUCAGAUUACCUCUCAUCUUGCAGAUUUCUUGAGUUACAUCUACUAAGAACUUUUUAAGUAAUGACUCUUCUCUCCCUCCAUUCUUUAAAGAUCUUUCUUGCCUUUUUUUCUUAUUUGUUUCUUAUAGUCUGUGUUGUUUUGUCUUUGUUUUAAUUAAUUUAUUAUAAUUAUUACUGAGGUUUUUACUUGCUUGUCCUAUGUUCAAAUGUGCUUCAAUCGUUUCUUUGAAAUGUAGUCCAAUACAAAUUUUAGUUUGCACAUUACUAUCCCAAUUAGAUUUCUUGAAAUUUAUUUCCUCAGAUUAUUUUGUUACAUCUCCGUUUUUACGUUCCACGGGUGUAGCUAUUGAGGUCCCAGACUUUCUUUGUUAACCCCCAUGAUCCUUUCCUAAAAAUUUAAAAAGAAGAAAAAACAAGUUUUAAAACCACAUUUUUAAUUAUAGCUUCUGAAUACAGUUUUGCUGUAUGAGAGAGGAGAAAGGUCUCCUCUCAAGUUGUUUCUGUCUUGAAUGAUUCUCCUUUUCUUUUAAAGCGGGUCAUUUGUUUCUCAUUAUUUUCCUAGUCUUUCAAAAUUGUAUUAGAAGUCCAUUAUGCUUAAAACUAGAGCACUCAUCUCAUUAUUAUGAGUAUUAUUAUUUUUAAAAUAAUUAUGUGUCUGUACAAACGUUUUUGCAAAACUUUUAACCUCGACAAAUUUGCAAAAGACAUAAUCCUGAAUUACGAAAUUCCAGAAUUGUCAUCAAAAAAGAAAUAAAAGAAAGAGACAUCUAAUAUAUUGACAGUUUCCCUAAUCUUAAGGUUGUUGCUGAAUUACCUUCAUAAGAAAUUAGAUACUCUACCUAUCAAAAAUAUUUUCCCCUGUAGAUUUUUUCAUCAUUUUUCAUUCAUAAACAUACUAAAUACAUAGCUGAAGAUAUAAAUAUUUUCUGCUGGGAGGAUGGACUUGUUCUAAUUUUGAUUAAAGCCCUCUAAAUUUUUUCAAGUCAAGUGUUGAGUACAUACCAUCUCAUUACACAACGCCAUCUUUAAAUUUCAUCUGUCUUUUUUGCCAUUUCUCCCCAAGUACUUCAUAACAUUGUGUUAUUCAAUUUUUUACAAUGAAAAGAAUUUAUUAUUCAUCUUAGUAUUGAGUAUGACUUAAGGAUAGUGAACAUAUUUAUUAUUUGAAAUUUGUAUAAUUGUCUCACCUCUAUGUUUUAAUUAUAAUAUUGCUACAUUUUAUA